CAUGAAUCAUGACCACAUCGUAUGCGUGUCGUGUAUCAUGUGCAUACCGAGCACCAGAAGCGCAAAGUGCAGUCAGCAGGAGGGUAUAGCUAGCGCCCACGCAUUUCGCAAUCACGACUCUCCACUCGUGACUCGUGACUACACUACUUGCGAUUUGCUCCGUGCUGGAUGCGCACCAGCCUCGCCAAAAGCUCUUGUGCAACUGCUCAACAGUCACGUGAGUUUGGUUGUGCUGUCUAAACACCGUCAAGCGAGCAAGAAGGGUACCUACUGUACGUGUGCAGCUGCACAAUGCGCGCUGCCCCCCCACCUAUACCUAUACCUGCACACCUGUUGGUUGCCGCCAUCAGCCAUGCGCUACUCAUCAGCCUCAUCAGACGCACAUUGUGACUUGCCCACCCUCACCAUCCUUGACUUGCGAAAGAAGAUCGAGUGGAAAGUCAGCCCGAUGCCGGCCGCAGCUCCCCGUCUUGUUCCUCGGCAAGUCCGGCACAUCCCAAGCAGGUCACCCCCCGCGGCCAGCACAAGCGCUGGGGUCGAACCUGUUUGCGGACUGAGUGGGGCGUUUGAAGGAACACUUUAGUAGCGCAGGCCUCGAGGACCGCGGAUGGUGUGCGAUGCAUAGCUGAGCUUUCGCACUUCACACUCGUGCUUCGUCGAGCUUCGGUCCGCCGCAGCUGACUACAACGAGUCAGUCUGAUCCGCAAUGCCAGUAGGGGCGCACGUAUGGAAACACGCUCAUGGGCAUGGCCUUUCAUCAUCCCGCCAUCCUUGCGACGACGAUGCGCUAUUUGGUGGCGCGACGGCCAAACGUUGACUUUUUGCGUACCGCUCGCUUCGAGCAACGUUUGCUGCUGCUGCUGCUGCUGGGAGACGCCCGCCACCUUGCUCUGUCCGCGCCAGGACUCGCCACCUGCGUGUGUUUGGUCGACGACGCAUACAUGCCCCCGUAGCUCCGAAAUCUCCACACCCACCAACAUGCUUGAAAUACUGUGUGUUUUUUAACGAGCGCUUCACUUUGCUACAUGGUAGAGUCAAGGGCCGCCAUAUCAGCGCGCUCACAACAACCUUUGACCCCUCCGCUAGCAGCGUCGCUCACCGCACGUGAAGCUCUCUCAGCGCGCUCUUGGACGUGCAGCAGCUUGUUUCUGCCAUGCGAAACUUCAACCUGGGCACGCUCACGCUGAC